AUGGGGGUCCUCACGCGCAAGCGAGCGGCUGGGACGGCCAAGCAGAGCGAACUGAUUGCACUGAAGAAAGGCAGCCGUGGCGCAGCAUUCCUGGCUGCCGCUGGCAUCGCGGUGCCACCAUCCGCCUCACCUCUGCCAGGCGCCGCCUCCCCUCCCAAGCUGUCCACAAAGAAAGCCAGCGCAGCCAAAGCGGCGCGCCUGGUGGCAGGCGAUGCGCCUGCCCCGCUCGCGGCGCCGCGCUCCGCGGCCAAGCCCCGCAACCCGCUGCUGGGGCAGGAGCUGCCCAGGAAGCUGGCGGCCCUGCUGGACAUGUUUGCCGGGCUGCAAACGGUGUAUGAGAUGAUGCGGCGGCGCGGGCAGCGCACCACCUACCAGCACAUGCGGCAGGCGGUGGAGGAGGCCAGCGGGCGGCGCUUCCUGAUGGCGCACGUGGCGCAGCUGCAGCACCUGCUGCCCGAGGCGCUGGUGGUGGAGUGGGUGCGCCUGCCUGUGGCGGCACACAGCAGCCGCACAGAGCCACACCUCCUGCUCAGCCUGGACGGGCCAGCGGCGGCGCGCGCGGCGGCCGACGCGGGCGCCGCGGCGCCCGGCAGCGGCGAGAUGCGGGCGGCUCGUGACCUGCAGCAGCUGCCGCCACGCCCCGAGGCGCCCGCCGCAGCGUCCCGCGGCGGCAGCCCCGCCAUUCUGGGCGCCACGGCGGCGCCAGCGGCGGCGGCGCAGCAGCUGGCGGUUCCGCUGACGCCCGCCACGCUGGGGGCCCAGCCCCAGCCCUCCACAGGGCGCCACGGCAGGCCGCCGAUGCACCCCAGCACCAUCGACCGCCAGCGCCAGCGCCGCCUGUCCUUCAGCCAGCCCGCCGCCGCCUCAGCCGGCCUGGCGGCGCCCUCGGCCGCGGCCCCGGCUUCGUGUCGCGGCCCCGGCAAGCCAGGCACCCCCCUAGACAAGCUGAGCAGCCAGCUGGACCGGCAGCACCAGCGGCGGCCGGAGGAGGAGGAGGCGGCUGAGGCGGCGGCGGCGGCGGCGCAGGUGCACCCCUCGCAGGCGGCGCUGGCGGCCAGCCUGGGCCCCGCGGGCCUGCAGUUUGGCUGUGCCGCCGCCGUGCUGUCGGGCCAGGAUGCCUGCCUGCUGGCCUCUAUGCCUCAGGAGCUGCGCCGCCUGUCCACAGAAGGCAUCAUAAGCAUGGACACGCUGCGGAAGCUGGACGCCGCGGAGCAGCAGCACCGGCGGCUGAGCAGCAAGGAGGCGGUGGAGCGGCGGGACAGCAACGCGGCGCUGGGCCAGCUGCCCCGCACCUUCUCCCGCCUCCAGCGCAUCUUCGGCAUGCAGGGCCCCAACGCGCUCAAGCUGCGGGACGUGGUGCUGCGCAUCAAGCAGGGCGGCGAGGAGAUGUCCACAGAGGGGCAGAUCGAGGCGCAGGUGCGGGCGCUGGCGGAGCACGCCCCAGAGUACGUCAGCCUGAAGGCGUACGGGCGCUGCGGCACGCCCGCGGUCUGGAUCAACCGCGCCUGCAGCGGCAACGCCAUCAUGCACCGCCUCAAGCAGGUGGCGGAUGGCAGGCUGGCGCAGCGCGGCGAGGCGGCGUGA